AUUACUUUCAUGCGCAGUUAUUAAUGCGCAGCGUCCGGCACGCACGAUAAACUCGUCUAUGACGAUGUUUCCGUGAAAAAGUUGCGGUUUUCCGCAAAUUGGCUGAUGAAUUUCAUAAAAAAUCCACUGAAAACAUCCUCGUCUGGACGAGGUUCGUGAAUUGACGACAUUUUUCGAGGUCGAACAAGCGUCAUAGAAAGUGCAAGAUGUCUAGUUCAAUCAUCGUGGAACCUCGGGAUAAUGCUACAAGAAAAGAUGACACGUUAAUUAUUAUGGUUAACGAUGACGGAACAAUUUCUGUUGACGAAGAGACUUUGCAAAAUUUAAUAAUGAAUCAGGCGAAUGCGAAUGUUAGUGUUGUGAAGUUGGGUCAAACGGAAGGUGACGCUGAAAACGGCGAUAUUACAUUUACUGUUGAUCCACCACGUACAACGGUAGCUUCGGAAAUUACGACAACAUCAACAACAACAACAACCUCAAGUACUGAGGGAGCAGGACUCGUUGAUCCUUUUAUGGAAAUGGAUCCCGAGCAAUUGGAACGAUUAGAAACUGCUUUGCAGAGCGAAGAGGCUAAACAAAUUCUCGGUGAAAAUGUCACUGCGAUGUUAGACAUGUUGACUGUUGAGGAAAGGCAAAACUCGUUGAAACACAGUAUCGAGUUGGAUCAUUGUUACACAACAAGAUUGUCUCCAUCGGAACCUAAAGUUGUCGAUCCUCUACCAAUCACAGCAUCGCCGGAAACAAUUCAAAAAUCACAUUCAGUCUCUACGACUCCAACUGCUCCAUCGCCGGCAGUGAGUCCCGCUUCUGCAACUGCAGCUGGAAAUUUAAAAACUAAGAAAUCUGUGACGGGACGGCCUAGAAGAAGUGCUGCUGCAUCUUUCAUAGGGACGCCAAAGACUGCCGGGAAUGCAGCUUCCCGAAAUGCGAACGCUUUUCAAGAUAAAAGUGGUCAUAAAACGAAUGAUGAUGAUGCUGAGGACGACAAUUCCUCAUUGGACAUGACUGAAUCUUCAGAAUCAGAUUCUUCGGACAAUGAUUCCGACUUUGGACCCCGAGGACCAAGGAGAGGUGGCGUCAGAGCAAGAGGAGGACGCAAGGGUCUCACCACAAGGGGAGGAAGCAUCUCCGCCCGGAGACGAGGCUCAAAUAAACGUCUCGACACCGAACAAGUGCGGCGACUCGAUAAAGAAAUGGCAGCCGCCGUCGAUGCCAUGAAGAGUCCCGAAAAAGAGGAAAAACCCGAAAAAGUGCAUGUAAAGACAAAGAAACCGAGAGUGAUGGGAGGAAAGAAAAAAGACGAGAGCAUAACGCCAAUAGCAACACCUGAGACGUCGCCAAUUGUUCAUAAACCAUUGCAAACGACAAAUCAAGUAAAGGCAAAUUUAAUAAAUGCCAAUAUGAUCAAAGGCGAUAUGAUAUUGACGAAACCAGGCGAGGGUCGUAAUCAAAAUCAAAAGAUAAUUUUCGUUCAAAAGCAAAUUUUAAUGAAAUCAAAUGAAAUGAAACAACUCGAAGUGAAAAAGACGUCACCCCUUAUUUUACCAAAAACCAAAGUAACACAAAGUCCAACGAGUUCGAAAAUAACAACAAAAGAUGGAAAAUUAGUAACGAUACCAAUAUUACCAAAAUCAAUAGUACACAGUACGCCUGGUAAUCAACCGAAAAUAGUAACACUCGGUCAAUUACAUGCCCAAGAACCGAUUCAAAUAUUACAAUCAAGUUCCGUACAGCAGCAACAACUACAACAACAGCCGCAGCAACAACAAUCACAGCAGCAACAACAACUACAACAACCACAACAGUCAUUAAUUCCAAAUCAAAAAAUACAAAUUUUCACAUCGCCAAUUAAAGUGAAAUGUGUUGAAGUUAAAAAAGAGAAGAAAAAGUCUGACAAUCUUCAGGAAAAUUUAUUAAAGAUUAAUGAAGAAAUGAAAAUUGCCGAAAUUGGAAAAUCGACAGAUGUCAAAGGAACGCCUGAAGUUGCAAAAAAGCAUCAUCAUCAUCAUCAAAAGAAGGAUAAUCGAAAAUCGCCGGCGACAUUAGCUUGUGCAUUGGGACCAGCUUUAUUUUCCACGCCCGAUAUUAUUCGUCGUGUUAGCGUUGGGAAUGAGACAAAAUCGGAGGCAAAUACUCCAACAACUCCAGUGACGUCAACUUCUAAUUCGCCUGUUUUUAAUCAAUCACAAUCGGUGACGACUACUCCGACGCAUUUAACUCCGUGCUCUUCGACGACUCCUGUUAAAAAUACGGAAACAAUGACGAUUCCGAAAACUUCGCCCGUUGCAGUUGAGGCAAUUGGGGAAAAAACUGUCGACGAAGUAAAUCAAUUGCAAACUUCCAUGGCAAUGGAAACUGAACCCGAUUUGAAUACAACACCGAUGACUAAAUUAAAUCCAAGUUCGUUAGAUGAAGCAAAUUUAGAGGAAUCUAUGGAAGUUAAUAACGAUAACAAUGGAGUCAGUGAACCUGCAAAAGAAACAAAAAGUCCUGAUAAAGUUCCUCUGGCCGAGGAAUUACAAUCAUCAUUAGAUCCUGUUCCACCUGAGGGAGUUUCCCAACGAAUGGAACAACCCAAUGUUCCAAAUGAUAUUGUUCCUAAACAAACCGGAAUCGAAGGAGAGGAACAGCUUCUAGCUACGUUGGAGAUGGAGGCGACAAAACACGAGGAUGAUUUAUUGGCUGAAGCUUUGUUACUUCAAGAGGAACUCGGCGUUGAUUUGGCUUCUGGAUUGGACCAGUCAGCAGAUUCCGAACCACUUUUGUCACCGUCGGCAUUCUCAUCUGUUUUAUCGCCGAAACAACAGACGGAAGUGAAGGUUGUUGCAACGGCAACAGUUGAACCCUUCAAAGCGACCCAACAACUUGAUCAAUUAAAAAAGAAAGAGGAUAAGGAGCCAAUUCAAAUAAUACGUGGUGGGCGUGUUAUAACUUUACCUCCAAUCGAAGCACCAGCAACGCGGAGUAAAAAAUUGCAAGCCAUGGGUGAUAAACCCCAGCAAAAGGAAAUAAUCGUCGUAAAAGAAGAAAAAAAGCCAAGCAGAUCAAGUUUAAGUGAAUUUAUUCCGAAGGAAGAUGUAGAUUUAGAUGACGAAUUCGAGGACGAAGGCGAUAAUUCUGAUUCUGAAGACGAUCCAGAUCGUUUGUGGUGUAUUUGUAAAAGGCCGCAUAAUAAUCGCUUUAUGAUUUGUUGCGAUGUUUGCGAGGAUUGGUUUCACGGCAAAUGCGUCAAUGUCAGCAAAGCUAUGGGACAACAAAUGGAGGAGCAGGGAGUUGAAUGGGUGUGUCCAAAUUGUGCUAAGAAAAAAGCUGAAGAAACGAGAGUAAAGCAUGCUUCGCCAGUGGUAUCGAAACGUAAAUCGACUGAAGCUCUAUUCCAAACAUUGGACGGCAAAUCGAGUGGAUUGCCGAAUAAAAAAUUGCCCGCCACCGAUGGACCGUCAACUGAGAAAAUAGCUCAAGGCUCUGGAAUAACGCAGUGUGUCGUUUGCAAGAAGGAAGCUAGAAAUUCCAGUAUUUAUUGUUCUGAUACUUGCAUUUUGGCACACGCUCAAGAAACAUGCACCAAAGAUAAACCAGCUACAACACCGUCGCCAAAAGCGCCGAAACAAGAUUUUCUCAAAGGCAAAGUCGAUGCUCGAGUUAUGGUUUACGAUCGAAAAACGGGAAAAGUUCUUUCAGGUGCCGGAGCUCCGACGGCGGGAAAUCUCAAAAAUUGGCUCAAGGAAAAUCCAUCCUACGAAAUUGUUCGACCAAAUAGUUUGAAUACUUUUAAAAUCGCUGGAAAAACAGUCACGGCUAUUCAAACGCAAGAUUCUCCUAAACAGCUAAAAGUAUCGCCAGUGAGACGUGAAAAAAUGCAGUUACAUCCAAAAAUGGUUUUCGCUAAAGUUCCGGGUUCAAAGCAAACAAUUCUAGCCGCAAGUGCAAAGAAAACGGUUAUAGUUCCUCCUGAAAGUAUGGGAACAGCAAUAAAAAUAAAAGUACAACAAACGCAAAAAAUUCCAAUUUUAAGGCAAACAAUAUUAAAGACACCAUUGUCAUCACCAUCGCCAGCGUCACCGGUACAAAAAGCACAAGUAACGCCUAAAGUGAUAAAACGACAGGAGCCAAAAACACCAACUCAAGUUAAACAACAACCAAUAAAAUCACCGAUUACACUUGCCAAGAAACCCGAGACAGAACCAAUACGCGUAAAUGUACGUAAAACAAUGACAGACGCAUUGAUUGCACGAGUUAAAGCCACUGAUGAUUUAAAAUUAACACAAGAAGAAAUCAAGGACCUUGCCCUCAAUAUUGAACUCGAAUUAUAUAAACAUUUCAAGGACACAGGUACUAAAUACAAGGCAAAAUAUCGUAGUCUCAUUUUUAAUAUCAAGGACCCAAAGAAUUUAACAUUAUUCCGAAAGAUUGCCGACAGAUCAUUAACGCCCGACGCAGUUGUUAGAUUAAGUCCCGAGGAAAUGGCCAGUCAAGAAUUAGCCGAAUGGCGUGAGAAAGAAACAAAACAUCAACUCGAUAUGAUUAAGAAAAAUGAAUUGGAUCUCUUGGCGCAGGCAAAGUCAAUAGUGGUAAAAACACAUAAAGGCGAAUUGGUAAUUGAAAACGAUCGUGUCAGUGAUCCAGUUGAUUCAAAAUCGUCCGUUAACGAUAUUGUGACAGUGUUGAAUAAUAUCGAUUCGACAGAGACGAAGAAAAAGGAGGAUAUUGUCGAUUUGAAGAAAUUGAAAAUCGAGGAGAAGAAAGAUAAGGAGAAGCAUCGUUCGCGUGAUCGUGAGAAGGGAAAGAAACGUGACAGGAGUAAAAAUCGUCAUCGUCAUAGUCGUGAUCGUGAGAGGAGUAAGGAUCGCAAAUCGGGAAAGAACAAGGAUAAGAAGGAGAAAGAUAGGGAUCGUGAGCGUGAUAAAGAAAAGGGUCGAGAUCGUGACAAGGAGAAGAAGCAUAAGAAGAGUAAGAGCAAGAGUCACAAGAGUCAUAAAGAUUAUAAGGAGAAGGAGAAAAAGGAAGAGGAGAGGAAGGAUAUCGAGAAGAAGGAGGUAACAACAACACCCCCUAGAGUUGAACCGCCAAUUGAGGAUCGUCUCUGGCGACAUAUUGACGACGAGACAACGACUGGUUUCGUUAAUCUUGAUGUCGAUUCCGAUCUAUCGGAUCGUGAACCAAGUUCAACGGUGAAUAUAAAAACGCCUGAUAUUAAUGAUGACUUUGAGAGGGAGAGAGAACCGGAACCAGAGGUAGAUUUACCGAGAGGUCCACAACAGACAGUGUGGCGUGGUUUUGUCAGUAUGCCCGAUGUGGCGAAAUUCUUCAUCACAGCACAAGAAGUUAGUGGUAAUUCUCGCGAUCUAAUGGAAGAUUUACCCGAUACCGUUGAUGUUGUGGGUAGAAUUGGACCCGAUACGGUGUGGGAUUAUAUUUCUAAAAUGAAGAAAAAUGGAUCAAAGGAGAUUCUUGUCAUUCGUCUAACAGCCGCUAAUGAUGAGGAGAAAAUUCCCUAUAUCACACUCUACAGUUACUUGAAUAGUCGAAGUCGUCUUGGGGUCGUGAGAAAUUUCUCAAACAGCAUCAAGGAUUUCUACAUAAUGCCAUUUCCAAAUCUCAGUAAAAUACCAAAUGUCCUGCUACCCCUGAACGGUCCCGGUUUCGAGGAACAACGACCUCCCCUUCUCCUGGGAAUAAUUGUCCGCAAUAAAUGUAAACGCAUCGCAUCCGCUCCACUACCUUCGUUAUCGACGAAAAUCCUGAAGAAAGAUCCCGAUCGUAGUUAUACACCGCCAUUGAUACUUCCAUCGCCGUUGGAUAAGAAUCCAUCGCCACCCACUUCGCCUCGAUUACAUCACAAGGGAAUCACCGAUUCAUUGCCUGACAGUAAACUCAUCACUCAGCAUACACUCGAGAGUUUGAAUAAGGCGCAAAUUGGAAUGUCAAGAACGCUUCUUGAUAGUGCAACUAUUUCGAAAAUUGUUCCUGAAUUAUCGUCGAGAAUUGAUUUGACGGCAAAAACACAGGAGGAAGAUGAUGAUGAGCCGUACAGUCCGGGCGAAAUGGAUGAGGAUUUGGAUAAUCUUAAUGAUGACGAGGACGAUGAUGAUGAUGUUGCUGUCGUUGGUGCUGAUGAUGGUUCAAAGGAUAAUGAGAGUGAAUUAUUGUCGACGAAUAAGGAUGCCAGUGAAUUGCAGAGGAAAAUGGAUGAGCUGAAUCGUCAGAUUGAAGAGCAAAAGCAACAAAUACAAAAUAUUAGUUCAUCAUUUCUUGGUGACGUGACAAAUACAUUGCCGGGUCUGGGACUCGAUCCGGAGACAAAUGAAGGCGACGACGCGUACAGUCCAUCGGACACGCGAUCAUUCACACCACCACCGCAGGGUUUGAAAUUCACACAACCAAUUUUGGAUAAAGUCUCGGACAUAACGAUUCCACCGAAUCUCCAGGAGAUUCUCGCCAACGUGAAACGUCAGGAAACAUCGAAAAUCGAUCCCUAUCUUCCCUCGAAGCCAAGUGCAUCAUUCCUCACCUCAGUGAACACUUCAAGAUCAACAGGAAAAUCGGAGAAAUAUUCCUCCUUCCCCAAAGGAACCAGUUCAACACGUUUCAGCGGUGAAAAAUCUUCCGAGUCGCAAUCAUCACCAGUCAAGGAAAUCAAGACCAGCACACUCAGUUCAAUGAGUGAAUUGGAUUUGAUUAAAAAAGCCGCCGAACAAUUGGCCAGUGAAACAUUGCCAACAACACCGCCUCUGGUUAUACCGCCGACACUUUAUCCGACAAUUGUCCCGCCACCAACGCCGGUGAUGCCACCACCUCUACCACCGCCACCGCCAGCAGCCACUACAGUGCCAAUGAUUCCAUCGUUGCCCGCAAUUCCAAUUGUCUCAACGAUACCAAUUGUUGGGACACUACCAUCAAUUGUACCGUCGCCAGUUUCAACACUCGUGACAAAUCAAAUUACAAUGGUACCACCGCCAGUGACUGAAACGCCUGCUGAUAAUAAUGAUAAGACAAUAACUUAUCCAGCGUUAAUUGGUGAUGCAUUGAAAACAAGUCUCGCUUCCAAUCAGCCACGACCACCUGGUCUUGAGGAAGAUGAAGUACCAAGUUUCUUGUCACCAACGGGAAAGGCACCCGAGAGUCCUUCCAAAUCUGCGCUUCCAACAAAAUUCAUACCCAAAAGUGGUGUUGUGCUAAGUGUUAAACGAAAACUGAACGAUAAUGAUUUGACGCCUUCCAAAAUUCCAAGGACAAAAUCAUCAAGGUGGGGUCAACCACCACCUACGGAGUAGAUUUUUUUUUUCGUUUAUUUUUCCUUUUUUUCUCCCCCACCCAGGACUUACAAAUUAUUGUUGUGCGAAUCGAAUUGACGAUUGGAAAAUUCGUGUGAGUUGCGAAUUUUUAUUUUCUCGUACUUUUAGAAACACAAAACUCGGUGUUCUGGAUGCUGGUGUGAAAAUUAAUGGCGAGAGUAUUUUUUUUUCUUAUGAUUUGAACACUUUUUCCGUCUCUGAACAAUGUUUUUAAAUGAAAUUUGUUUUAUUAACUAUUUUCUUGUUAAAUUGUCAAAAAACGGAAGACGGAUAUUUGUUUUCAAAUUAUAAGGUUGUUAUAGUUUUUUUAAAAUUUUAUUUUCAAUACAUAG